AACUGAACAGCACCCCCAGUACAAGAGCUCUCAGCGGCUGAAGCUGAGCGCAGGGGAACUGCCAGGGCAGCGUUAAGCAUCUUCUAGUGAUGGCCUCUGCUGAACAGUUUUGCUCCUGCUCCGAGCGCCGCGCGUAGGAAACAAAACGCCUCACCCCGCUGAGAAGAAACACAACAUGUACAGUGUGGAGGAUCUCCUGAUUUCUCAUGGAUACAAACUGCCCAAAAACAACGACGCCCCCUCGUCCUGCCAGGCGCGCUACGGCGAUUGCCACCGUGAAAUGGCCGAGGACAGGUCUGGUCACGGAACAGCGAACGGGCGCGAGGCUGACGCGGGGACCUACGUCUGCAGCAGGCAGCCGGCGGCGGCAGCGCCGGCGACGAAGGGCUACCCCGGCGACGGCGAAUGCAGGGAGAGAAACCAGAGGAGAGCCGGGGCUGGCAGCGGUAACCAAGGUGACACGCAGCCCUCGGGUGAUUUCCUUAGCGCGGAUAGCGGGUUCUAUAACGGUACCAGAGAGCUGUAUUCUCAGCAGAGGGGUGAGAAGGAUGUGUCCUACUGGAGGAGGAGGGGCCAGGACUUCAGCCUCUUGCUGGAUUACGCGGAGGGCAGGGAGCCGAGAGGAAGUGGAUUCGGGAAGGGAGAGGGGCCGCGGCGGGCUCAGGGGCCUCCCGUGGAGGAGCUCAGGGCCGAGAGGCAGCGCUGGGACGAGAGUGCGUGGCUGAGGGUGCGGGACGCGGCGCAGGAGCAGUGGCGGGCGGCGGGGGACAGGAAGUGCCAGAGUCUGGGCACGGAGGAGUGGAGACCGGCGGUAGGGCUGGGGCGGCACCUCUCCGACAGCGAGGGUGAGAGGUGGACUCAGGAACAGGGGCGCCUGAGGGCCACAGAGGGCGCCGUCCACCCCAAAACCAAAGGGAAAUCCCAGUCCCUUCCCAGAGUGCUGUCUCCGGAGAGUCUUCAGUACAUCGACGUGCCCGCCUCCCGCUCGGACGGGCUCAGCGGCCAGCGGGUCAAUGGCUCCGUCUCCCAGUUACCUCACGGUAAAUUCCACCACAGCAACAUUGCGGGCAGCAGAGAGCCGUGGCUGGAGAAUGGCAGGCCGGGUCUUCACGUUGCACUUUUACCAAAGCCCAGGUUUAGCAGGCCCCUCAAGCCUCCCUCCUAUGAGGCUCACCAGCAGACACGGGGCAGCUUCGAGAUGCUGGCAGGAGAUCAGGUACCCAAUCCUAAAGACAGAGCAGCCUGUCCCAGCAUGAGCGCGGGACCGGACUUUUUUGCACACGAGUUCAUGGGGUCCAGCGUGGAGCCUCCGGUCUACAUACCUCCUCCAUCCUACAAGAGACCCCUGCUCCACAGAGGAGGCCAAAAGAGCAGCGACGAAGUGUCCAGCUACAAGUUCAAGAGGGAGGCUGAGCAGCUGCCGUGGAGUGUGGAGGCUGGGAAGUGGUAUCCCAGACAGACGGAGGGCUCUUGGCUGGAACGCCAGCGGGACAGAAGCGUUCCGUGCAGGAAACAGGUGUUUCCUGGACGCUCGGAGGACCGUUUUGGGUCUGUUCAGUACCUUCCCUUUGAUGACCCGCGCGUGAGACACAUCUCAGGAGGGCCGUGUGGAAACUCUCUGACCGAUUCAGACAAAAUCAGGAACAUCAACAAAGAGGUUCCCAGCGCUAAAGUUUUAGGACAAUCUACACAUGACAGUGCCUUUCUCCCCCCACAGGAGCUAUUUCUCAAUACGGACACUAGCAAAAUGUCUCUCAGUGAGCAGGACAGUGGCAAUAGGUGGCACAGUGGUUUGCACAAAGGGAGUGAGAACUCCGUAGUAUCUGAUAAAAUAAGUGGCGAGUAUCCAACAGCUUUUCAGGUCAGAUCAACUCGGCAGAAUCGAAAUCCAGACCAGGGCUUUUCCGAAACCAUAACUCAAGUAAAGAAAAUUGAGCCGGGCACUGAAGUAGAGAAAAGUAAAAACAUAAAGAAAAAACUGAAUGAGACUAUAUUCUGCUUGGUGUCUGUUCCCAUCCAUUUGCAGUCGAAUGGAGAGAGCUCGAAUCAGGUCAACCACGAGAAGCCGCCCACAGAAGACCCAGCAGAGAGCUCCACUGAGAACAAGGCAGGUUACUUGCAAAACCAAAGUCUCCUAAGCACAUCAUCCACAGAUCUAGAGCUGCAAGCACUCACAGGCGAUAUGACAAAUAGCAAAGGCCCCAAAAAUCCCCUCGCGAGGAAAGAGGCAUCGGACGUACGGUCCCUUGGGCCGAAGAAAGAACUGUAUUCCGGGUCCUGGCCUGGCGAUCAGUACAGGGACCAGGAGACGCAGACCAGCUCCCCUGAAGCCUCCGGGGGCGCUCCUCAGGGCCCCACAGACCAGCAAGCACAAGACCACGCCCGCUCGGCCUCGGACACCACCACGGACAGCGGCGUCGGCACGGACUGCAGCAACAGGUACGGGUAUCCCAUGAAGGGGCAGAAGAACCUGAACCCGUCCAGCAACAGCGCUUUCUCCAGGACGGCCACCUUCUCCAGCCAGCUUCACAAGAGCACAGCUCAGUCACCACAACCCUCAGGAAACCAGGAGGAGAUGGACUACCUUUCGGCCCAGAGUGGCAAGAGCAAACCCCCCACCAGCUACGGUCAGGAGGCCUUCGGCCAAUUCCUGCUGAAGCCCGUCAGCCGGCGGCCGUGGGACGUGAUCGAGGAGCUGGAGUCCUUCAACAAGGAGCUGCAGCAGCAGAUUGGCAAAGGGGCCAGCGUGGACCAGUGCAUCGAGGAUCUGGACGAGGCCUACAAAGACAUCCUGGAGCUGGGCACGGUCAGCAAUAACAUUGAAAACGCACAGAUCCUUGACCUCCAGGAGGCGAGCGCGACCCUGUCGGACAACCCCCUCUGCAGGACGAUGAAAGUCAGGCAUGCGUUCGAGAGCUGGACCCCAGCGGCUGACCCUGCAUACAGGGAGGUGAAGAGCGCGUUCUCGAGACCGGCGGGGAAGGCGGCGAGUUUCCCCAAGCAGCUGAGGGAGGAAGAGGUGGCGCUUUCAGAGCCGGGCUUCAGAGAGUACAGCGUUGUGUCAUCUGUCAUCUCAGAGAAACCGGCGGGUGACGCCAGGGCAACAAACCAAGACAUCUUCGUCCCAAACGAGUCUCAACACCAAGAUGCGGGCCCACCGACGCACACCCCUGCUGAGGUGCCCUGGGCCUUGAGACAGCCAAUGCAGGACGCCUCCACUCUGACCAGCCCCCCUGAUUACGAAGACUUGUACCAAGCCUUACAGCAGUCAAGGGAAACGGCCAACAGAGGGGUGACGGCCAAAUUUGGAAGCGCCAGCGCGGCCCCUCCUCAGUCUUCGUUUAAGAUCGUCGGGUUCACCGAAGGAUCCAAACAGGAGGGCUCCUCUAAAGGUGAGACCGUGAGACCGGCAAAGAAAGAGAACUCGGUGCCCAGAUUCAGAGGAGAGAAGAGCGUAAAUGUUGUGAUGGUGAAAAGCCAAAGCGAUAGGUUCCACAGCCGAGGCGUUCCCCGUUGCAUCGUCAGGGACAACCCAACGAGGGACAAAGACACAAACGGAGCGGAGGCGGCCUCAGACGACGACUCGGAUGAUCAUUUUGAUUGGAGGAAGCAGCUCUUGUCUGCCGAGAAGCAUCUGGAAGCCCUGCUGAUCAACGAGAAGGCCAACAGCUCGCUAGCAGAGGACCUGAGCAAUCUCUACGAGGUGAAAUGUGCCAAGGGCAUACCGGAGAAUGAGUCCCUACAAGAGAGGGCAGCCAGGAUUUUAGGAAUAGAUGUGCCUGCAGAAUCUUUAGGUGUGGUGGAGCAGAAGGUAGGUAGAAAUGUGGCAGGGAAGAAGGAAGUGUCAGAAAGCGAAUCUUUUGUGACUGGAGGAGCUCCGAAAAGUAGUGCCAAUGAAAGGAUAUUGCAUGUGUCAAGGCAGCGUGAAGAACUGCAUGUGGACUCAUCAGUCUCUGAAGGACAGGAGCGACAGGAAACAGAGAAGGUGACCGAGCCCAGAGGGGACAGCAGCCUCUGUGGGGCGCUGGAGAGGAACAGCAUGGCAAACCAUUUGGGUUUCACAGAGUUUCCUGCGGAGAGGCUCAAGCUGUCGGUGGCCUUCAACACCAACGGGACUCUGGACCUGACAGCGAGCGGCGGGGACAGGAGGGGGCGGGGCCCAUCCCGGGCCAUCGAGGCCCUGCAGGACAAGCUGGCCACGCCGCCCUGCCGGGCGGUGGUGGAGCGCCUCGUCCGGAUGAAGGAGGUGGACUCCGUGUCCCGCAUGAGACGCCUCAGCACCAGGAGCUCGGACUCAGGGGAGGAGGGCGAGGACGGAGGGGUGCAGGGCCUGCCGGUCGAGCCGGAGGGGCCCCCCCUAGUUCACCGUGAGCUUCGGAACAGCACCGUCACCAAGAGGGAGAUCACUCUGCCCCUCGGCUUCUGUGUCCCCUCCAACAGGACGCUGCCCCAUGAUGAGGAAGCAGUGUCCCUCUCAGAUCACUAUGACCCCAGCCGUGUGGAAAGAGUGUAGACUCUGAUUGUAGCCUCCAUCUGAGACUCCGCUCCAACACUGUGACCUGGCUGCCCUCCGCAAUGCCUUCAUCUCAUCCCGACCCCCACAGAAAUGGCCUUCCUCUUCGACACAAGCAUUGUUUACACGGUCAUCCGGUGUUGCGCGGAAAGAGCUGUCCCACUGCCAAAGGGAAGUGACCCCCCAGGGGGCAGCUAACCCUCCCCCCG